GGCUAGCUAUUCACGACACAAAAGUAAACAACACACACUUUACGGCAGCAGCUAUGGCUUCGCACUUCAGCGGUGUGCUGCAGCUGACAGAUCUGGAUGAUUUUAUCACCCCCUCUCAGGAGUGUGUCAAACCUGUCAAAGUAGAGAAGAAACAAGGAAAAUCUGUGGCUAAAAUUCAAAUAGAAGAUGACGGAAGUUACGUCCAAAUCAAUCAGGAUGGUGGGAAGAAGAAGCUGGAGAAAGCAAAGAUCACACUGAACGACUGUUUGGCCUGCAGUGGCUGCAUCACCUCAGCUGAGAGCGUCCUCAUCACGCAGCAGAGCCACGAGGAACUCUUUAAAGUGCUGCACAGCAACAAGGCCAAUGCAGCUGAGAAGAAGGUUGUGGUGGUGUCAGUGUCACCGCAGUCCAGAGCCUCCCUCGCAGCACAUUAUAACCUCAGCAGUGGUGAGGCAGGCAGGAGACUUACUUCUUUCUUCAAAGGCAUUGGGGUUCAUCAUGUGUUUGACACUAGCUUUAGUCGGACCUUCAGCCUCCUGGAGAGCCAGAGAGAGUUUGUGGAACGGUUCCAGAGGAAGGAGCAGGACAACAAGGCCCUGCCCAUGCUGACAUCUGCCUGUCCAGGUUGGAUCUGCUAUGCAGAGAAGACCCAUGGGGAGUUUAUUCUUCCAUACAUUAGCACCACUCGCUCCCCCCAGCAAAUGAUGGGUUCACUAGUUAAAAGCUACUUUGCUGAACAACAGGGCCUGAGUCCACAGCAGAUCUACCAUGUGGCAGUAAUGCCCUGCUUUGACAAGAAACUUGAAGCCUCAAGGUCAGACUUCUACCUGAACAAAGCUGAGACCAGAGAAGUGGACUGUGUCAUCACCUCUGGAGAAGUUCAGAAAAUGCUGGAGGAGGAAAAUGUGUCCCUCAGUGAUUUGGAGCCUGCAGUCCUAGAUACAAUGUUCAGCAGUGUUUGUGGGGAUGAGUUCCUGAGCCAUGGUGGGAGUGGUUCAGGGGGUUACCUCCAUCAUGUCUUCACCUUUGCUGCCAAGCAACUGUUUGGAGAAGAAGUGAAAGAACUCACCUACAAGACCCUCAGGAAUAAGGACUUCCAAGAAGUGACUCUUGAGAGGGAUGGAGUAGUCCUGUUGAGCUUUGCUUCCACGUACGGCUUCCGCAACAUCCAAAACCUGGUGCAGAAACUCAAGAGGGGGAAGUCUCCGUACCACUUUGUGGAAGUUAUGGCCUGUCCAUCAGGUUGUCUAAACGGCGGUGGACAGGUGAAGGCCUUACCUGGUCAGAACCAAAAGGAGCUUCUUCAGAAGGUUGAGGAUCUGUACAAGGCACAGCGCCCCCUGUUGCCAGAAGAUGACAUUCAUGUGGCUGAGCUGUAUCAGUCCUGGCUCCACAGUGUUGGGGAGGAGAGAGCCAAAGAGCUGCUGCACACACAGUACCACACCGUGGAGAAGAUGACCAAUGGACUCACUAUGAAGUGGUGAUGAAUGACUACAGAACCAUUCAAAUAUGACAGUUUUUGUCUGUCCUGUGAGAGAAGGGCGGGGUUAUGUGGCCAACAUAAGCAUUUUUUUGAUGUAUGCCAGCAACCUUUUAAACCACUUUUCUCCUUGUCCAAAAGCUGUGGGCCUGGCAAGGUGGAAGACCUGGGCAGUGCCUGAGCAAAGCCAAAUUAUGUGUAUGGUCUGAUCAUUUUCCCUUACGCUACUGAUUGUCCUUUUGAAAUGUAUAAAUAGUAAAUAAUUCAUUUGUGUGGCACCUGUUACACUUUGAAAAUGUGAAUUAAUACAAAGGAAAAUAUAAUCAUUCCUUGUUUAUUUAACCUAAUGAUUAUACAUAUAUAUACUUUUUGAAAAAUAAACACAUUAUUUA